UCCUCCAGCCCCAAACAAAUGAAGUGUGUGGGGCUUACGUCUGGGUCCCAGCAGCCUGUGGGACACAGAGGACAUUGACGCUGAGGGACAGAGCAAGAUGGGACUGAAGGCAGUGGUUGUUACGGUGCUGCUGGCCGCAGCGCUCUCCUACUACAUCUACACCCCGAUGCCUGAUGCCAUCCAGGAGCCCUGGAAGCUGAUGGCUGUGGAUGCUGCGUUCAGGACCGGCAUGAACCUGGCUGCUUUGAAAUACCACCUGGGUAUCGACCAUUACAUCACGUCAUUCAGACGCACGAUGGAGGGCUUCGACUCAACGAUGGUGGCGCUCGUGGGCUCCAGGUCUCCUGCGGGGGUCGUCCCCGGCGUGAAGAUCAGCGACAUCACCUUCGCCGGCGUCCCCGUGAGGGUUUACGAGCCGCCAGCCGGAGGGGAGGGUCACCUGAGGAGAGGCCUGAUGUAUCUCCACGGAGGUGGCUGGGCCUUUGGCAGUGGCAAGAUGGGUGCAUACGAUAAAGUGAGCCGCAUGAUUUCUGAUGAGCUCAACACCGUGGUAGUCUCUGUUGAAUAUCGUCUGUUUCCAGAGGUCCUCUUUCCAGAGCCGUUUUUAGACUGUGUCGCUGCUGCCAAACACUUCUUAUCUCCAGAGGUUCUGGACAAGUACGCCAUCGACCCCGAGCGUGUUGCUGUGUCAGGAGACAGCGCUGGAGGAAAUCUGGCCGCCGCCGUAGCUCAGGAGGUUGCUACAGAUGACAGUCUAUCUGUGAAAUUCAGUGUCCAGGCUUUGAUUUACCCAGUGCUCCAGGCUCUGGAUUUCAACACACCCUCCUACGUGCAGAACCGGAAUAUGGCCAUCCUUCCUCGCCAAGUCAUGGUCCAAUUCUGGCUGCAGUACCUCGGCGCCGACAUCUCCCUGCGGCCCCAGCUCAUAGCGAACAACCACAGCGCCCUGCAACACUCGGCCCUCACCCCAGAGCUGAGGUCUCGACUGGACUGGACCUCGCUGCUUUCUCAGAAGUUCAAGAAAAGCUACAAGCCGGUCGUCGUGGAGAGAGACUCUCACGGGCUUCUGAAGAAGAUACCGGGGUUGCUGGACACGCGAUCGUCGCCUCUGCUGGCUGGACCAGAGGUGCUGGCCAAAUGUCCUCGUACGUACAUUUUAACAUGCGAGUUCGACGUGCUGAGGGACGAAGGGCUGAUGUACGCCCGGCGUUUGAAGGACGCCGGAGUGUCGGUAACCAGCGAUUACUACGAGGACGGCUUCCACGGAUGUCUGUCCUUCAUCAGCUGGCCGUUGGACUUCGAUGUGGGGAAGAGGGCACUGAGGAGCUACAUGACCUGGCUGCAGAACAACCUGUAGCUUGAACGUACGCACUCACGGAAGUCGAGAACAGAUGUUUUUGUUUAAACUUUUUCCCAUUUUCUCGAGACAGGGACUUAAUUUCCCCAAUGGUUUUCUCAAGAUAAGCUAAUCUCGAGAAAAACACACCUAAUUUUUGCAAGAUCGCAAGAUGAUUUGUGUGUGUGUGUGUAUUAAACAUGAUUCCAUCCCUCAAAUGUAUGCCACAACGGCGUGCAUUUGAAGAUAACUCAUCUCGAGAAAACCAUUGGCAAAAAGUAUAUGUGGAAAAAGGGUCGCUCUCAGCUACCGUAUGCGUUUGCUCUUGCUGUGUAAAAUUGGUCUUACCAAAGGGCUUGCACAUUUUCUCUUUGUUCAAAAAUGUACAAUCCAAGCUCAGGGCCUGGAGAUGAAUGGAAAUCCAAACUUUGUACAAGUGAAAUUUGUAGUCUGCAGACUUUAGUCACCAUCAGCAGUCCAACACUGUAACCAGCUAAUUAAAGAAUAAAGAACUUUUUCUUAAAUUAAUCAGCUGUAAAAUGAAUGAAUUACUUUUAGAUAUUUGAUGCCAAGAAGUAUAUAAGAUUAAUUCCUUUAAAUGCCGUUUGUCUCAGAGUACUAUGCAACUCCUACAUUUGCAGCUAUUGCCAUUAUCACCAAGUCUCAAAUAUGACCAAAACUUGACUAUUAUUCAUAUCUAAAGAGAAAUGAAAACAUUGUUGUUUACCUUAGCUGUAAUCUGUGUCAUUACUAGCUCUCUUUACGUAAACAAUACUAAGUCUUCUUCAAGGCGAAUUAUCUUGACCCUCAACAAUCACGAGGAGAUUGCACUUUACCUUUUGCGACGUGUAUUGCACUUGGUUUGAAUCGAUUUGUGGUUUUUCGAUUGGCUAAUCAGUGGCUUGCAAUAAUAUCCACAUACCUUGGACUUUUAUGGCCCGCCUUCCACUGAGUCUUUUGUGGCUGUUUCUAUCAACCUUGCUCGUAAGAUUUUUUUUUUUCUUUUACAAAAUAGUUACUGCACAGUGAACGUAGGUCUGGGCUUUGACUGGGCCAGUCUAACACACAAAUAUCUAUUGAUCUAACCCAUUCCCUUGUAGCUCAGGCUGGAUGUUUAAGAGUUGUUGUUCCUUGGUCUUCAUGGCGCCGGGUCCUUCACGCAACGACUGCACUUAUAAAUAAAAUGACGCACAUGUAACCUCUUUUUACAAAUCAGUUGAGUUUUCAAGGCAACUGGUUGUCAUGGAUUUCAUUUAGGGGUGUCAGAUUAAAAAGGGUUAAAGACAACACGCCUUUCAGAUUUUUAUUUGAUAGAAAAUAUUUAAAAAUCACAUAUUUUUACCCCCUUCUCACAUGUAUGUGCUGCUCUGUGUUGGAUAUAAAAUGUGAAAAAUGGAAGAAAACGUGAAAAGGUGUCAAGGGUAUGAAUAGUUUUGCAAAGCACUGUAAAUGUCUAAAAAAGAGACUACAGGGAUUUUUGUCCAUUGCAAACACUCCUGCAAUUACCAAAGGUGCUUUAAGGUGAUUUUUUUUAAAAAAGUGUUUCUCUAAGUGGAAUAAUUUCAGUGUCUUUAAACAGUGUUGUAUUUUUCCAAGUCUGAAAUGAAGAAAUGUCUCG